AACCCGCCGCCAGCGCGGACCUGCCCGGGCCAGGGGAGAGGGGACCCUGCUCCCGGCUCGCCUCCAGCCCCGGCCGUUUCCCGACGCCCCCCGGCACGGAGCGCUGGAAAUGAAGAGAGUUUGCACUUUGUCCCUCUGGCUCUGGAUCGGGAUCGUCUCGGAGGCAGAUCUGGUGAGAGGCUAUUCUAUGACCCCACCCACUCUCAGCAUUACCGAGGAGGAACACACCAUAAACUCCAAGGAUACCCUGACUAUUACCUGCAGAGGGCAGCACCCCCUGGAGUGGUCGUGGCCUGGGGACCUGGUGGACCCUGACCAGGGUGAAAAGGAGAACGAGACAGUGGUAUUGGUGAACCUCAGUGACGGCCGGACCAUCAGGGAGGAGGAUUGCGAGGGCACCAACACAAAGCCCUACUGCAAGGUCUUAGUGCUGACCGGGACCCAGGCUAAUGACACAGGCUACUACAGGUGCUACUACAAGUACAUCAGUGCCAAAAUCGAGGGCACCACUGCGAUCAGCAUCUACGUGUUUGUGAGAGAUUUUGAGCAACCAUUUAUCAACAGACCCGAAACACUCCUCAUCAACAAGAAAGAGAACACCUGGGUGCCCUGCUUGGUAUCCAUCCCAGAUCUUAACAUCACCCUGUUCUUGCCAAGCUCCAUUAUCUACCCAGACGGGAGAAGGAUUCUCUGGGACAACAAGAAGGGGAUGCUGGUCCCCACCCACCUGAUCAGGGACUCCUUGUUUGUUCAGUGCGAAACCAUCAUUGACAAGAAACUCUUCAGGUCCAAUUAUUUCAUUGUGCACGUCACAGGGAAUGAGCUGUAUGAUAUCCAGUUGUUUCCUAAGAAGGCCAUGGAGCUACUAGUGGGAGAAAAGCUGGUCCUCAACUGCACAGUGUGGGCUGAGUUUAAUGCUGGAGUAAACUUCCAGUGGGAUUACCCUGGAAAACAGAUGCACCGGGCUGUCACUGAGCUGCCUGAGAGGCGCUCCCAGCAGACCCACACUGAGCUCUCCAGCAUCCUGAUCAUCCAAAACGUGAGCCAGCAGGACCUGGGGAAAUACAUGUGCAUGGCCAGCAAUGGGGAGCAAACAUUCAAGGAGAGCAUCGAUGUCAUUGUGCACGAGAAGCCCUUCAUCAAUGUGGAGUGGAGGAAGGGGUCAGUGAUAGAAGCCACAGCAGGAGACGAAGUCGUGAAACUGCCAGUGAAGGUGGUCGCCUAUCCCCCGCCAGAGUUCCAGUGGUACAAGGACGGCAAGUUAAUUCCCAACAAGCAAUCUCCCUAUUCGAUGCAGAUCAAAGACGUGUCAGAACAGAACUCCGGGACUUACACCUUAGUUUUAUGGAACAGGCUGGCUGGGCUGGAGGAGCGCAUUAGCCUCCAGUUAAUAGUCAAUGUUCCUCCGCACAUUCACGAGAAGGAAGCCUCUUCCCCGAGCAUCUAUUCCCGUAGGAGCCACCAGGCCCUCACCUGCACAGUCUAUGGCAUCCCAGCACCAGAAGUGAUCCAGUGGCAGUGGAGGCCGUGGAGCCCUUGCCGGAUGUUCUCACGACGUAGCCUUAGCAAGCACCGGGCAGCAAGGCGCCAUCAGCGGGACCGGAUGCCCGAGUGCAAAGACUGGAAGGAUGUGUCCCCGCAGGAUGCCGAGAACCCCAUCGAGAGCAUUGACACCUGGACAGAGUCUGUGGAAGGAAGAAAUAAGACCGUCAGCAAACUGGUGAUCCAGGAAGCCAAUGUUUCCGUCAUGUACAAGUGCGUUGCCUCCAACAAAGUGGGUAGAGAUGAACGUCUGAUCUACUUCUAUGUGACCACCAUUCCAGAUGGAUUUGAGAUUGAAUCCCAGCCCUCAGAGGAGCCCAUUGAGGGACAGGACCUGAGGCUGAGCUGCAAUGCAGAUAACUACACCUAUGAGAAUCUGCAGUGGUACCGUCUGAAUCUCUCGAAGCUGCACCACGAGGAAGGCAACCCACUCAUCCUGGACUGCAAGAAUGUCCACCACUACGCAACCAAGAUGCAAGGGGAGCUGCACUUCAAACCCGACUCCAAUGACGCUGCCCUGCUGCUCACCAUCCCAAACAUCUCCCUGAGGGAGGAGGGAGACUAUGUGUGUGAGGUGCAGAACCGAAAGACCAGAGAGAAACACUGCCACAAAAAAUACAUCUCUGUACAGGCCCUCGAGGUCCCCAGACUGAAGCAGAACCUGACAGACAUAUGGGUGAACGUCAGCGACUCGAUAGAGAUGCGUUGUAAGGUGGAUGGCGCUCACAUUCCUGACAUCAGCUGGUAUAAAGACGAGAAGCUGGUGGAAGAGGUUUCAGGGAUUGAUCUGGCGGAUUCGAACCAGAGGCUGAGCAUCCAGAGGGUGAGAGAAGAAGAUGCUGGGCUCUACCUGUGCAGCGUCUGCAAUGCCAAGGGCUGCGUGAACUCUUCAGCCAGCGUCUCUGUGGAAGGCUCCGAUGACCGGACCAACGUGGAGAUUGUGAUCCUCAUUGGGACCGGGGUCAUCGCUGUCUUCUUCUGGAUCCUCCUCAUCCUCAUCUUCUGCAACAUCAAAAGGCCUGCCCACGCUGACAUCAAAACCGGUUACCUGUCCAUCAUCAUGGACCCCGGAGAGGUUCCCCUGGAGGAGCAGUGCGAAUACCUGCCCUAUGACUCCAGCAAGUGGGAAUUCCCACGGGAGCGACUCCGGCUAGGUAAAGUCCUAGGCCAUGGCGCUUUCGGGAAGGUGGUGGAAGCCUCUGCCUUUGGGAUUAAUAAGAGUAACAGCUGUGAAACUGUGGCAGUUAAAAUGCUGAAAGAGGGAGCUACUGCAAGUGAGCACAAGGCACUGAUGUCAGAGCUGAAGAUCCUCAUUCACAUUGGAAAUCAUCUCAAUGUCGUUAACCUGCUGGGUGCCUGCACCAAGCCCAAUGGCCCACUCAUGGUUAUUGUUGAGUUCUGUAAAUAUGGAAACCUCUCCAACUACCUGCGAACCAAACGGGAAGGAUUCAGUCCUUACAGGGAGAAAUCACCCAGACUGCGCAUCCAGGUCCGGUCCUUAGUAGAAGCAGUGAGAGCAGACAGAAGGAGUCGUUUUGGUACCAGCGACACCGCAAUCUUCAACAGGCUUCUGAUGAACAAGAGCCAGACAGCACAGCCUAUACAGGAAGUGGAUGAUUUGUGGCAAAGUCCAUUGACUAUGGAAGACCUAAUCUGCUAUAGCUUCCAGGUGGCACGUGGAAUGGAGUUCCUGGCAUCCAGAAAGUGUAUCCACAGAGAUCUGGCAGCUCGGAACAUCUUGCUGUCAGAGAACAAUGUGGUGAAGAUCUGUGACUUUGGGCUGGCCCGAGACAUCUACAAGGAUCCUGACUACGUCAGGAAGGGCAGUGCUCGCCUUCCUCUGAAGUGGAUGGCUCCAGAAAGCAUCUUUGACAAGGUCUACACUACCCAGAGUGAUGUCUGGUCCUUUGGAGUCCUCCUCUGGGAGAUAUUUUCACUAGGUGCCUCACCCUACCCUGGAGUGCAGAUCAAUGAGGAGUUCUGCCAGAGACUGAAAGAUGGUACCAGGAUGAGAGCUCCAGAAUACGCAACUGCAGAAAUUUAUCGUAUAAUGCUGAGCUGCUGGCAUGGGGACCCCAAGGAGAGACCAACUUUCUCAGACCUGGUGGAGAUCCUGGGGGACCUUCUUCAGGAAAAUGUCCAGCAGGAGGGGAAGGAUUACAUCCCACUGAAUGACUCUCAGAGCUCCGAAGAUGACGGCUUCUCCCAAGUACCUUCCUCUGCCCAGCAGAACUCUGAUGAAGAGGAAUUUGACAUGAGGCUACGCUGCCACAGCUUAGCAGCGAGAUAUUAUAACUGUGUGUCAUUCCCCGGUUGUUUGACUGGAGGAAAUCAGAUAAGGUGUCCAUCCAGAAUAAAGACAUUUGAAGAGUUUCCCAUGACACACACAACGUAUAAAACACACCCGGACAAUCAAACGGACAGUGGGAUGGUCCUGGCAUCAGAGGAAUUUGAGAGGAUAGAAAACAGACACAGAAAAGAAGGUGGAUUCAGCAGUAAAGGGCCCAGUCGAAAUGCAGAGUUGGCAGUGGAACAGUUGGCAGGUGUCGACCUGAGAGACAGGUGUCGACCGUUGUAUCAGUCCCAGGUUGGAGGCCAGACUUUUUACAACAGUGAAUAUGGGGAACUGUCAGAACACUCAGAGGAUGGCAGCUACACCCCACCUGGAGAGGGGGCCAGUCCCUCCGCUGUCCAUGCAUCCUUCUUCUCAGAGCAGUAUUAACAGGAACAGGCUGCGGAGACACCAUGUGAAGACACCACCUUCCACCCUUCAUGCUGCAUUGCCACUGCCAUAUGGAGCUUCCCCUCCAACCCAGAACAAACCACAGCAGGAAAUCCCCACAAAACAGAUGGAGAAAGGGAGCGAGAACACCUCGGAAUUACAGACUGACUCAGGAUGCAGCUUCUGAUCCACUCAGGCACGGGAGAGAGCACGUCACUGAUUGGGAUGUUUUGUUUUAUUUGUACGGGUGAGACGGACUAAUUCCACUGGUUAGCGUGCGUCUGUGCUGAGUGCUGCAACCGCCUCUAUUCAGAUAGGCUUCCACUCAGUAAGCCCCAUUUCAGGUCAGAUAGAAAUAGAUCUGUCUGAGUCAAGGUUCUUCCUGAUGUGCAGCCUCAAAUUUUUUUCCUUGGAUUGUUUUUUCUACUCUCUUAGUCUUCAUGACUUCAGCCACUGAGGAGAGGUUCAGAACCAAAGGGAAGACUUACGAAGUGGUACCAGCAACAAGAGCAGGACAUUUCUGAGCAGUGGAUGGGAGGAUCCCAGUGGAUUCAGAUAUUCCCCGUAAACAUACCAAUGUGUGUGUAACCCACGAAAGCACUCCCGGCCCCUCAAAACCACUUCAUCCAGUCCCACCAAUAUUCCUCUGUGAUUGAUCCUCAGGCAUGUAGCAUCCCUAGCAAUGGAGACCUGCCUUUAUAUCUAAUCAGAUGGAAUAUUUUUGCCAUUUUAAGCAACAAGCCCUGAAACAGUUAUCAGCUAAUAGCUAAAGUCAGCCCAGUGAGAUAGAGAAAUAGCCACUGUUUUUGUAGACCCUGUGAAAAAGUCAAGUUUUAUACACUCUUUGCUGGCAGCAGGUAACUAAUCAUCCCUCUCCUCAGAGCCCUGCUACAGUUUGUUGCUCCAAUUAAAAAGUAAACAAAAUGAAGUCAUGUUAAUUUCAGCUGGAUUCUAAACACAACAUUUUUAUUUGCAAUGAGCUGUAAGGGUUUUACAAACAAUGGAGAAUACAAAGCACAAAGAUAAGGUCCCUUUAACUGCGUCACUUUGUUUGCUGGUGUCACUGCAGUGGAAGAGAGAACCCUGCAUUGUGGGUCUGGUAAGUGCUAUUAACUUGGAUAGACUAUAUUGGCUUCACAUACAUUUGCAUACACUUGCAGCAGCCAAUGAGCCAUUGCCCCAGCAGGAUCUCCAAAGGGGAGACCACACCUCAGACAGACUCCUCUUCAGCAUCUAUCACAGCACUUUGCCAGAGUCUCCAGCAUAGUGAACCUGUCUUUCAUUCCAAUGGGCUUUCUUAGCUGUGGGAUCAAGAAGUAUUGGUUUCUAUAGAAGCAGCUUCAGUAGCUUUUUUAUGUGAAAUCACAUGAGCUCAGAAGCUCUGGGGACUCUCUGUGCAGCUCAUCUGAACACAUUUCUGUUCUGAUUCCCUGCUAUUUCCCACCUGCUUUUCCUCUCACUGCCACAGAGUAUCUUCACACAAACGUCAGAGGAAUCUUUGUGAAGAGGCUCAUUUGAGCAGCUUAUGAGUUUCCUUUUAGCAUCUCAUCCCACACACCUUCAAGAGGCAGAAGCUCCCUGUACCUUUGACAUCUCAGCACCAGAGGAAUUCUGCUUGCAGGCCAGGCUUCUAUGUAUAGAACUAGGGUUUUGUUUUGACUUUAUUAUUAUUAUUUUUUUGGUAUCAGAUAUAUUUUUCCAGAUUCUAUUUUUCCCCCAUAAGAGGGUUUUGUGCAUUUACAAAGUUAGCACUAUCGUCUGUACCUUUCCCACAUUGAGUUGUAUGUCGUGGCUGCACUCAAUAUCUUGUCUGUUUGAUUACAAUUCUCUGCACAAGUGUGGGGCUGUGAGUUUACUUGUUGAAUGGGAAUGUAGGUGGUUUUGUUUUUAAGUGGAAUUAUAGUAUGAUGUGCAUAUCAGAGAGCUGGAGGAGAUUCCCCAAAACUCAGACCUCCCUGUGCCUGCUAAUCCCACUGCACUCCAUGGGAAUUCACCCCACAGUUGUCAGCUGCUAGAGUAGCUUUAAGUUGUGGUCAUGACUCAGGUAAGGAACCCUACUGAUGGAGGCUGCUAGGAGAGACACUGAAUCAGUACAUCCUCUAGGUGCCUAGGCCAUGCCCUAUAUUGUCACCCAUUUUUCAGCUGCAGCAGCCCCUGAGCUCUGGGGAGGUUGAUUCUAUGCCAGGCUCACUGUGGCAGAAGCUGGCAUAAACCCAGGCUGAAUUUAGCCCACUCUCUUGAUGUAGUCUUUAGACCCAGCCUUUUUUGUCCUUACUAUACUCAUCACAGGUGCUAGCCUUCAAUUGAGGAGGGAUAGCUCAGUGGUUUGAGCAUUGGCCUGCUAAACUCAGGGUUGUGAGUUCAAUCCUUGAGGGGGCCA